AUGUCGUGGAAAUUUACAGCGACAAAAUUCAAAAACACGACGCCGAAGCUUCCGAAGAAGGAGGUAGGAGACUCAUUGAUUUCUUUUUUUUUUUUGUGAACGUGACAGGGUUGCAAUUAGGCUUUUUAGAAUGUAAAACAAAUGUUGUCACCCUUAUGUACCCUUUUGUUGCCGCCCGUUUGCAUGAAUGCUGCCGCUGCCGCUGCCCCCGCAUCCAUUUUCUGUUUUGUGUACGUCUGUUUUGCUUGGUUUCCAGGAUGGUCCGGAAGAAUGGCUGAUCGGAAGCGACGAGCCACCGCUGAGCCAUCGCCUGAAGUCGGACGACGAAUCGGAGCGGCGGCAGCAGCAGCAGCAGCAGCAGAAUGUGGUCACAUGCAAACUUAAAAUCCACACGGUCCGUUCACCAGCACACACCUUUCUUUUGUUUAAUCGACGAUUCGUCCUGACUGAUUGUGUCUUGUUGUCCUCGUUUCUCCACUUUUUUUUUGUUCAAUGACUCGUCCAGCACAAAAAUUGCAAAAAUGAGUGUUAGGCCCUAAAACUCGACAAUCUGUUUGCAGGACACGAUCUUCGACGUGCCCGUCGGCAAUCUCUCGUGCACCGACAAUGGAAUCCACGCUUCCGCCGACUUUUUGGCGUUUCACAUUGAGGGCGAAGGCGGAAAGAUGGGCGUGCUGCCGAUCGGCGCGAAGGGACGCCGCACGCGCAACGACAUUGGCAUCAUUGCGGCGCACGGAGGUACUGAGGAGAGGCGUGGGAAAUCUGGGGAUUUUAGACGACAAUUGAUUGAAAUGCGAGAUUAUUGGCAAAUUUUGCACUGAAAGUUGGCCUAGCAAAGAGAUCUUACCUUACGCCAACUUCAAUAUUUCCGUUUUCAGAACAAGUCAGCGAUUUCGGCUUCAUGACGUACGCGGACCAGUUGCUGGCGACGUGCAGCCGCGACGAGCCCGUCAAAAUCUGGACGCUGUCGCGCGAGUCGAGCCCCCAGCUGGCGACGGACCUGGACGUUGGCGGCGGCGUGAUCGUCGAAUGCCUGCGCGCGCACUCGACGGCCGACAAUCUGCUGGCGCUCGGCUCGCACAACACGGUCAUGCUGGCGGACAUUUCGACGCGGAAGGUGGUAGCCGAGAUGAGCGGAGUCACCGACAAGGUCCAGUCGAUGGACUGGAGCGAGGACGGACGUUUGCUCGCCGUCUCGGGCGACAAGGGCCGUCAAAUUGUGGUGUUCGAUGCGCGCGCGUCGGCCGAACCGAUUCAGACGAUGGAGGGCCACGGAGGGAUGGGCCGCGAGGCGCGCGUGCUCUUCGCCGCCGAUCGACUCAUCAGCACCGGAUUCACCAAUGUAAGCUUUGGCUCAAAAAUCAGCAAAAACCAUUAAGGAUGAGCAGCCACGCGGCCUCGUAAACUUCCAUCAACGGGACGGUGUUCGGCCUGAACUUAUAACGUUUUUGUCAUUCUUUUCCGGCGAAAUUUUGAAAAAUUUCGUUGGAAAUUAUUUUUAGUCUGAAAAUCAGCGAAAACCUUGUGACUUUUUGCAGAAACGUGUCCAGGAGGUGCGCGUCUACGACACUGGCAAAUGGGGUGCGCCGAUCCACACGCAGGAGUUCGUCUCGACGACGGGCGUGCUCAUUCCGCACUACGAUCCGGACACGAAGCUCGUCUUCCUCUCGGGCAAGGGCACCAACAAACUGUUCAUGCUCGAGAGCCAGGACCGUCAGCCGUUCCUGUCGCACGUGUUCGAGUUGACGCUGCCCGAGCAGACGCUCGGCGCAACGAUGGGCGCGAAGCGGCGGGUGCGCGUGAUGGACGGCGAGGUCGAUACGUACUACCAGCUGACGAAGAGCUCGAUCGUGCCGACGCCGUGCAUCGUGCCGCGCCGCUCCUACCGCGACUUCCACGCCGACCUUUUCCCGGAGACGCGCGGCGCCGAGCCGGGAUGCAGUGCCGCGGAGUGGCUGAGAGGAACGAACGCGGCGCCGCCGAGAGUGAGCAUGGCACCCACGCAGAACUCGGUCUCGCCGCCGCCCCCAGAGCCAAAUCCGCCGGCGGCUCCAAUCCAGCAGCAGCAGCAGCAAGUGGCUCCGCCGGCUCCACGUCCGAUGGCCGCGCAAAACGGACACGCGACGACGACAACGACGAAUGCGCGAAAGGAGGAAGUUCGCGAGCUCGACUAUGGACACGUUGAGAAGGAGAAUGGGCGGAGCGCGCCGACGAGCAGCACACAAAUCACGACGUCGCCCGUUUCGACCAUCUCGCCGGAGCCGAUCAGUCAGAAGCCGACGCCGUCAGCUUUCACCCCCGUCACUGGAUCCGUCUCGACGCCCUCCACAAUCGGACCGACGUUUGGAGAGAAGCCAAAGGAGGAGGUUGUCAACUUCCGCAAACCGAUUGGCGCGUCGAACCGCGUGCCGCUCAACCAGCGCGUCCGUCCGAAGUCGUGUGUCGUCGGCCAGAUCACCUCGAAGUUCCGACACGUGGAAGUCGAGCAGGGCCAGAAAUCGUCGCGCAUCUUCUCAAACCUUCGGAACGUGAACACGCGCUUGCCGCCCGAGUCGAACGGCGUCUGCUGCUCGAACCAGUUCGCCGCGGUUCCCCUCGCCGGACUCGGCGUCGUCGGCAUUUACAAUGUGGAUAAACCGGAAAAACUGGCGGACGGAGUGAUGGACGGAAUAUUCAACAAGGUGCAGAUCACGGAUCUCCAGUGGAAUCCGUUCGACGCCGGACAACUCGCUGUCGGCACCGAUUGCGGGCAGAUCAACCUGUGGCGCUUCACGGACGCGGACGGACCGCGCAACGAGAUGGAGCCGGAGCGGACGAUUAAGAUUGGCGGCGAGAAGAUUGUUUCGAUGCGAUGGCACCCGCUCGCCCAGGACCUUAUGGCGGUGGCCCUGUCGAACAGCUCUGUCGAACUGUGGGACUUGUCGGAGCCGCGUCUCUACUCGCGAUUCGUGAAGCACACUGGCGGCAUUCUGAGCAUUGCGUGGUCCGCCGACGGACGGCGCAUCGCUUCGGUCGGACGCGAUGCGGUUCUCUAUGUGCACGAGCCGGCGAGCCCUGAGCAAAAGUGCUACGAGCGGAAGGCGGUGGUCGAGUCGACGCGGGCCGCGCGUGUUCUGUUCGCGUGCGACGAUCGCAUUAUCAUCGUGGUCGGCAUGACGAAGAGCUCGCAACGGCAGAUUCAGAUGUACGACGCGACGACGACCGAUCUUCGACACAUCUACACGCAGGUCAUCGACCAGGCGACACAGCCGCUCGUCCCUCACUACGACUACGACUCGAACGUGCUGUUCCUGAGCGGAAAGGGCGAUCGCGUCGUGAACAUGUUCGAAGUGAUCUACGAUUCGCCGUACCUCCUGCCGCUGCUGCCGUUCAUGUCGCCCGUCGGCGGCCAGGGAAUCGCGUUCCAUCAGAAGAUCAAGUGCAACGUGAUGGCCGUCGAAUUCCAGCUUGGAUGGCGGCUCUCGGACAAGAGUCUCGAGCAGAUUGGCUUCAAAGUACCGCGCGUGAAGAAGGACGUCUUCCAAGACGAUCUGUUCCCCGACGCGCUCGUCACGUGGCAACCGGUCACGACGGCCGCCAAAUGGAUGGCCGGACACGACGUGGCGCCCGUCUUCAGAUCGCUCAAACCCGACGGAGUUGGAUCGUCGAGUAAGUUGCUGCAGAAUUUGGUUUACCGCUGAAUUUUUAGUCUUUUUGCCUUCUACGUUUCUCCGAAAAUCGCUCUUUUUGCAGUCCCUCGUCCGAUGGCCGCCUCGAUCCGUCACUCGGAACUGCCGGCCGCGUCUUCUUCCUCGGUCACGCCUCCGUCGACGUCGUCGCAAUCAGAGCAGAACAAGCCGCUGCCGACGCCGUUGUCCCGCAACAUGCAGAGCUGCGCCGUCGAAAGCGCCGCGCACAAGCCGGAUCUGAAGCAGGUAGGAAACGGAGGAGCAGUAGAAGAAGGAGAGGAAGUGCGAGGAAACGGAGGGACCGGGUCCCUUUUGGCCCAUGAAGUCGGGGUUCCGACUUGGGGAGAAGAAGAAGAGGAGGAAGAGGAGGACGAUGUAAGAGAGUUUUCAGACGAGAACCCAACAAAUUUUCUGAUUCAGGUCAUUGAAACUUAUUUGUAACUGAUAAUAUCACUCGGUAAGCCGCUCGGUUCACCUUUUUCAUUAUCCUCCGAUCGUUGGGUUCAAAUUGGUCCACUUUUGACUCAUUUGUGAUUAUCCGAUCGAAAAAAAACUUCAAUCCAAGUCCAAAAAGCCUGUAAAGUUUGGGCCCGAUCGGAUAAUUGCAAGUGGGUCAAAAGUUUUCGCCUCGCUAUUUUCGCUUUUUUCAAUUUUUGAGUUUUUGGCUGUAAAGUCUGGAAAUUUCGUCUGGAAUGGCUUUUCCUCCUCCACCUCUUUCUUCUUCUCCUUCUAUUUCCCGCCGUCGGUAUCGUCGCUUGUGACAGUCUCGGACACGCUUUUCCGGAAAAACGAUGCAAAUUCGGUCUAUUGCGAAUUUGCAUCGUAUUUUCGAAAAAAUCAAGCCCUGUUAGUGCUAAAAUGGCAAAUUUUCACUUUCUUUGCCAGGGCACUCCAAUUUUUGCGCCUCAAACUCAAUUUUUUGCAGGUCGCCGCUGCCUGGUCGACAAAAAUCGACGUGGACACGCGUCUGGAGCAAGAUCACAUGGAAGGCGUCGACGAGAGCGAAUGGAAUCAGUAG